GCGGGACCGUGCCGCGCUGCUGGGGCGAGGCUGGCAGCGCUCUGCCGGGAGUUUCCUGCGGGAGCUGAGUACACGACCCUACCUCGCUUGCCAGUGCAUUGGGAAACGGCGUUUCCAGCUGCCUUGGCAAGUCCCGGGGCGCGGACGGGGAAGUGAGAGCGGGAAGUGAGGCAGCUGCCUGUGCCCUGCUCCUCUCCCCCGUGCUGUUUGUGCAGCUGCGGCUCCCGCGGCCCCGGACAGCAAAUCUACACCGUGUAGAUGGAGACAAAUCUACUCGUGUGCGCGAUGGAGACAAGUGCAGAGAGCCAUGACAGCGUAGGCCGGCGGCGAGAGAUGGAUCGGUUCAGCGAGUGCGGGACGCAGACGGACGCCGUGGUGGUGCUGUCCCUGGCACAGGCUGCCGUCCUGGGCCUGGUGUCCGACAAUGAGCUGCUCGGGGCCACCGUCACCCCUGCCGGCUUCUUCCCGGGGCUGGCCGGGGAGCAGCUGGACAGUGCCACCAUGGAGCCCGGGGAGCCCGAGGGUGAGGAGCAGGCACCUGGGGACGGGCAGGACGAGGACGCCCUGGAAGCAGACUCCUCCCUGGAGAAGCAUGCCCGGAGGAGGAAGAGGCCGCCCGUGAGGCUGAUGCCCAAGGUCAAGAGUGAGAAGGCAGAGGUGGAGGCUGAGCCACCAUACAACGUGUCGGUCCCUGGGGAUGAGGAGGGCGAGGGGCAGCAGGGCCCCGCGCCCCAGCCCCCCGAGCCCAGCCAGGAGCCGGCGGUGCAGAGCGGUGCCGUGAAGAUGAUCGACCUGGGCACCUUCAGCAGGAAGCCCCGCCGCCUGCGGCACCUGCGCCGGCAUCGGGAGCUGGAGGGUGCCGAGCGCCGGCGCAGGGGCGCUGACCAGGCCGGCAGCACUGUGGGGGCCCCGCAAACCGUGGGCACCUUCGAGGCGGGCGCCCCGUCCCCUGGGGAGGCGGAGGCCCCUGCGCCGGCAUCCCCCGAGCAGGUGAAGAGCGAGCAGGGCUGUGGCUGGCAGGAGCCGGGGGAGCUGGAGGCGGCCGGCGGCACCAGCGAGCACAGCAGGAAGGCGCAGCUGGACCGGCUGGACAUCAACGUGCAGAUCGACGACUCCUACCUGGUGGAGGCGGGGGACCGCCAGAAGCGCUGGCAGUGCCGCAUGUGCGAGAAGUCCUACACCUCCAAGUACAACCUGGUGACCCACAUCCUGGGCCACAACGGCAUCAAGCCCCACUCCUGCCCACACUGCAACAAGCUGUUCAAGCAGCCCAGCCACCUGCAGACCCACCUGCUGACCCACCAGGGCACACGGCCCCACAAGUGCGGGGUGUGCAGCAAGGCCUUCACGCAGACCAGCCACCUGAAGCGGCACAUGCUGCUGCACACCGACAUCAAGCCCUACAGCUGCCGCUUCUGCGGCCGCGGCUUCGCCUACCCCAGCGAGCUGAAGGCGCACGAGGUGAAGCACGAGAGCGGGCGCUGCCACGUGUGCGUGGAGUGCGGGCUGGACUUCUCCACGCUCACCCAGCUGAAGCGGCACCUGGCCACGCACCAGGGCCCCACGCUCUACCAGUGCCUGGAGUGCAGCAAGUCCUUCCACUACCGCAGCCAGCUGCAGAACCACAUGCUGAAGCACCAGAACGUCCGGCCCUUUGUCUGCACCGAGUGUGGGAUGGAGUUCAGCCAGAUCCACCACCUCAAGCAGCACUCGCUCACGCACAAGCCCUCGUGUGUCCCCAGUGCCUGGGGGUCUGCCGGAGCUCCCCCCCAGCCCACACCUCCCCCCCGGCAGGGCGUGAAGGAGUUCAAGUGCGAGGUGUGCGGGCGGGAGUUCACCCUGCAGGCCAACAUGAAGCGGCACAUGCUGAUCCACACCAGCGUCCGGCCCUACCAGUGCCACAUUUGCUUCAAGACCUUCGUGCAGAAGCAGACGCUCAAGACCCACAUGAUCGUGCACUCUCCGGUGAAGCCGUUCAAGUGCAAGGUCUGUGGGAAGUCCUUCAACCGCAUGUACAACCUGCUGGGGCACAUGCACCUGCACGCCGGCAGCAAGCCCUUCAAGUGCCCCUACUGCUCCAGCAAGUUCAACCUGAAGGGCAACCUCAGCCGGCACAUGAAGGUCAAGCACGGGGUGAUGGACAUCAGCCUGGACAGCCAAGAUGCCAUGAUGGAGCUGGCUGGGGCUGACCACACUGAGCUGGAUGGCCAGCAGGAGAUGGAUGACUUCGAGGAGGAGAACUCUUACAGCUACGGGGCUGUGGGCAACCCCCCUGACGAGCACACGCUGGCUGAGCAGGCCAUGAAGGAGAUGGCCUACUACAACAUGUUGUAGCCCAGGCGGGUGGGUCUGUGGGGGUUUGGUGGGGUUAAGAGGGGCUGCAGCACUCGGCCAGGCGCCCCAGAACUGGAGAGAUGGCUUCCACUGGGCUUGGGGAACACAGGGAUGUCCAGAAGACUUUUCUGGACCUGCCUUGGCUCUGUUGCUGCCCCCCUGCCCCUGCCUGCACCCUGCACCUGGUGACUUGAAGCUGCAGGCAGGGGAGGCAUGACCCAGCAGAUCACUGAAUGAGUAAGGAUGGAAGGGGCUGCUGUGGAGCAAGACGAUGAGCAUCACUAAUUAUUCUACCUCCUGGGUCCCCCCUCUCUGCACAGGGCUCCCCUGACGGGCAGAAGCCCCUGCCCGCAUGAGGAGGUGGGUUUGCAUUUCCCACUCACCCCAGGGCUCCCUGUGUCAGGCCCUGGGAUGCAGAACAGAGUAUUUUCGUAGCUCAGGGUGCAGUCAGCGCCCACAGCUCCGGGUCUGGAGCUGCAGCCAGCAGUGGAUCCGGGGGAGGCAAACCCAGCCCAGCCCCAGCAAAUGAUGGUAUUUUGAAAGUAAUUUAUUUUUUUCAGAUGUGCCGCGUGGUUGGUUUUAUCUUUUCACUGAGUUCAGUUCCCUUCAACCAAUGUGCUUUGUAAA